AUGAGAGCAAAACACAAAUGUCCAUUUGCAUCAUGUUCUGCUAACGUUGUCCAUCUUCCACGUCAUAUGAUGCAAGUCCAUAAGUGGGCAAAAGAAGAUACAGUUGGCAUUGUUAAUGCAUUCGGUCUGCGGAAACAAAAAAAGGGCUCGGAAAAAUCUAAGCUAAAACGGAAGUUAUGUCCGGUGUUAAAUUGCAAGCCUGUGGUAAAAAGGCUACACAACCAUCUCAUCGACUUCCACGAAAUGAAAAGAGGAAGCAACAAAUAUAGAGAAUGCUUAAAAAGAGCUGCUCCUUGUGAAGUCAUCGAACUUCCCUCGGAGUCGACAUGUGAAUCGUCAUCAGAUGAGGAAGAACGUCUUUUUCAGAAAAGAAGAAAAAACGAGAAAAAACCUAAGAAAAGAGAAAAAAAAGAAAAGCAUGAGAGUAUCUUCAAAAAAGUGUACUCUUCAGAUGAUGAUGACGACGACGACUUCUCCGGUUAUCCAUCCAUUUUUAAAAGGCCGCCCAGUGACAAAGAAGGACACUGUUCUCAUAAGUUGCCUGAUACAUGUAGAGAGAAGUUGCCAGAAAAUGAUGAAUUGCCAGAGAAUGAUGAAUUGCCAGAGAAUGAUGAAUUGCCAGAGAACGAUGAAUUGCCAGAGAACGAUGAAAUGUCAGAGAGUAUGGUGUCCCAUCCCCGCCAAAAAUCAACUUUUUUUUUCAACACAACUUUUUAUUUUCAACACAACUUUUUAUUUUCAACACAACUUUUUAUUUGCAACACAACUUUUUAUUUGCAACACAACUUUUUUUUUCAACACAACUUUUUUUUUCCAACCACAACUUUUUUUUUCCAACCGCAAUCCACUAAUAUAUCAUCAACUUUUUAUUUGCAACACAACUUUUUUUUUCAACACAACUUUUUUUUUCCAACCGCAAUCCACUAAUAUAUCAUGGAUCGCGGGCUCGUUUUGUGACCAUAUAUCGCGGGCUUGCUACCGAUGUUCUAUUUCCUAAAAUUCUUCAUGUAAUCUAUGGUAUAAUUAAAAUACACUGAUACUAUAGUACACAGGGCUCUCACUUUUGGGGAAAUUUCCCCAAAACGGGGAAAUUGGCGGAUUUUUGGGGAGCGAUCUGGGGAAUCGCAUUUUUUGGGGAAAUUUUUGGGGAAUUUUUUGAAAUAUUGGUCAAGCUAGAUGGAAGUACAUGGAACUUAUGUUUCAAUUGUUUUUGCCUGGUUUUGUGCACAUUUGGUUCAACUUGUGUUGAAAAUGAUAAGUGACAAACAUUCAGCUGAUUCAUGACUAUCAUGAAUACACAAUAUAAUUUGAUUUGCGAGUACUGUACGCCACGUGCUAAUAAACAGGUUAUUCACUGACACAUGUUUUGAGCUAUAUAUAUUUUAAUGCCAACGAAACCUUGCAGUCAUUUCACUAAUCACUCUAGUAUCAAAAUAGCAGUGCCAAGGUUCAAAAUGAAUUAUUUACUCUACAUUACGCAAUGAUAACAAUAUCAAUUUAGAAUCCUUAAAAAAUUAAGUGAUGGAUGAACUGUGAAGGAAUGUAACUUUACUCUUUAGUUAACUUUGCUGUUAUUGACUAUACUAGUAUAGGCUAG